GCCAACGCUGACCCGGUAGCACCCUUUUACACGACAUCCAUCACUCCUUUGCAUACGAUUAAUUUAUACUCGAUCUUCCAAAACUCCCCUCCCUUCCUCAACUCUUCGGCGCCGUACUUCGUCAGCAAUGCGGCACAAAUCCGCCGCCCUCUACUCCAUCUCCUCCUUCCUCCUCCUCAACCUCCUCUACCGACCCUCUAUCGCUGACGUCGGCACCGCCUCCUCCUACGGUCCGCCCUACCUGCCCACGGCGUGCUUCGGCAGUGACGAGGGCCAGUUCCCGGCCAACAACCUGUUCGCCGCCGCCGGCGACGCCAUCUGGGACAAUGGCGCCUGCUGCGGCCGUCAAUACCAGGUGCGCUGCCUCAGCUCGGCCACACCUGGCGCCUGCACGGACGGCGAGGUCCAGGUAACGGUCGUGGACUACGCGGCCUCGCUCGUCUCCACCCCCUCGGCCUCCGGCACGACUUUGGUUCUCGGCGCCGCGGCUUUCGAACUCGUAGCCCAGUCGUCGGUCAGCCAGAUCAACAUUGAAUUUACUCAGAUCUGACGUGGCUUUAGAAAUUCUUGUGCUCAUGUGCAAAUCGAUGGAUUCCAAUGGCGUCCUCAAUUUGUACUGCGUCGCCAUCGUCGUCGACUUUUCUUUAUAUUGUAAUUAAAUGUCGUCAUAACUACUAGUCGUUGAAUUAAUUCGGAUUUAUGCUCAGUUGUCAAGUCAAAAUGCCAAUUUUUUUCUCCUCCUGCAAAGCCGUUAUCAAUUCCAACAUGUAAGCCUCGAUUUGUAUCCUACUGGAUCACCUUUUCCGAAUUUUCUCCUGGAAAAUCAAAUUUUGACA